UAUUAGCCACAUGUGCUCUUGCACGAACCUCGAUUUUGUGUAUUAUGAGAUCUGCGUCGCUUCUCACUUCUCUCUCGAAGUCAAAACUUUCCCUUCCCUGUUGAAAACAUAACUAAAGAAACACAAUGUCUACUCGAAUCACAUUUACAUUCCCAUCUCUCGUGAUCCUGUCGGUCUUACUAGCUUCCUCGUAUCUCGGCGGCGUCACGGCGAAGGUGGUUGAUCAGAACCUGGCGGAACAAAAGCUAUUCGAGCGGUGGCUUGUGGAGAAUCACAAGAACUAUAAUGGCCUCGGAGAAAAGGAUAAGCGGUUCCAGAUCUUCACAGACAACUUGAAGUUCGUGCAAGAGCACAAUUCUGUCCCGAACCAGAGUUACGAACUCGGGUUGACCCGGUUCGCUGAUCUGACCAACGAGGAGUUUCGAGCGAUGUACUUGAGGAAGAAGAUGGAGAGGAGGACUAGUAGGGCUCCGGUGAAGGCAGAGAGGUAUCUACACAAGGCUGGAGAUAGCUUGCCUGAUGAAGUUGACUGGAGAGCCAAAGGCGCCGUUGCUCCAGUGAGAGAUCAAGGAGACUGUGGAAGUAGUUGGGCGUUUUCAACGACUGGAGCGAUAGAAGGAAUAAACAAGAUCAAGACAGGGGAAUUGAUAACUCUGUCGGUGCAAGAACUUGUCGAUUGUGACAGAGGUUACAAUGAUGGAUGUAAUGGUGGUCUCAUGGACGCCGCUUUUCUCUUCAUUAUUGCCAAUGGUGGUCUUGACACUGAGGCAGAUUAUCCUUACACCGCCACUGAUAAUAACACAUGCAAUUCUGACAAGAAGAACACUCGUGUUGUUACCAUCGAUGGUUAUGUGGCCGUUCCUGGAAACGACGAGAAGUCUUUGAAGAAGGCUGUUGCUCACCAACCAGUUAGUGUUGCAAUCGAAGCCGGUGGACGAGAAUUCCAGCUUUACAAAUCAGGUGUGUUUACUGGAGCAUGUGGAACAGAUUUGGACCAUGCUGCGCUAGCUGUGGGAUACGGAACCUCCAAAGAAGGUCAAGACUACUGGAUCAUCCGUGACUCAUUAGGAUCAAACUGGGGAGAGAGCGGAUACAUUAGGCUCCAACGUAACGUCAAUGAUUCGGCAGGGAAAUGUGGUGUGGCGAUGUUGGCUUCUUACCCUACCCAGUCUGUUGUUUGUGACAAGUCUUACACUUGUCCAGACAAGUCCACUUGUUGUUGUGUCAGUGAGUCCAAAGGAAAAUGUGAUAGCUGGGGAUGUUGUCCGUUUGAGUCAGCCACUUGCUGUGAGAACGGCUCUAGCUGCUGCCCUCAGUUAUACCCUGUCUGCGAUUUGGAGGAUGGUACUUGUAGAGCGAAGGCAAACAGUCCGUUAAGUGUAAAAGCUUUUACCCGAGCCCCAGCGACUGCGACCACUAAGGCUACUAACGUGCUUGUGAGCAGCGCUUGAGAAGAGACAAAACCAAUAAUUGACACUUUUAAGAUUGGACCGUAGUUUUAUUACAGUCGUUAACUUUCAAAUGUUAUCUUGGAUUUGAUUUGAUUUGCUGUAAAUGUUUAUGAAGCAAUCUGAUAUUUGCUCCAUAGCAUUAUUCAUCUUCCUCGAAUAACAAGAUUUGACUCCAUAGAGGUUGGAGGGGCCUUUAACUUAAGGCUCAAACAAACUUCUGCUUUUAUGUGAUAAUUAAUUAAGCUGAACC